AUGGACACCGUCACCGCUAAGAUGGAGGCCUUCCAGAUCAACAAGUCUGCCGCUGAGGAGGACUAUUCAGUCAAGCCGCGUCUGGACUACCGCACCGUCGCCGCCGUCAACGGCCCGCUCGUGGUCCUGGACAACGUCAAGUUUCCCCGCUACGCAGAGAUUGUCAACCUCACCUUGGGCGACGGCACCAAGCGUCGCGGCCAGGUCCUCGAGGUCAACGGCGACAAGGCCGUCGUCCAGGUCUUUGAGGGCACCACGGGAAUUGACAACCGCAACACCCAUGUCGAGUUUUCGGGCGACAUCAUGAGGACACCCGUGUCCAGGGAUAUGCUCGGCCGCGUCUUCAACGGUUCUGGAAAGCCCAUUGACGGCGGCCCCCCGGUUAUCCCGGAGGCUUAUCGCGACAUCGCCGGUUCCAGUAUCAACCCUCAGUCUCGUACCUAUCCCGAGGAGAUGAUUCAGACCGGAAUCUCUACCAUCGACGUCAUGAACUCUAUCGCUCGUGGCCAAAAGAUCCCUCUCUUCUCAGCUGCCGGUCUCCCGCAUAACGAAGUUGCCGCCCAAAUUUGCCGUCAGGCCGGCCUGGUCAACCAAGGCAAGGAUGCCGACGCCGAGGACUCCGAGGGCAGCGAGUUUGCUAUCGUCUUUGCCGCCAUGGGUGUCAACAUGGAGGCCGCCCGCUUCUUCCGUCAGGACUUCGAGGAGAAUGGCGCCAUGGGCAAGGUCACCCUCUUCCUCAACCUCGCCAACGACCCUACCAUCGAGCGUAUCGUCACCCCGCGUCUGGCCCUCACCACUGCGGAGUAUCUCGCAUACGAGUGCGGCAUGCAUGUGUUGGUUAUUUUGACCGACAUGUCGUCCUACGCCGACGCCCUUCGUGAGGUGUCCGCCGCGCGCGAGGAAGUGCCCGGCCGUCGCGGAUACCCGGGGUACAUGUACACGGAUUUGGCCACCAUUUAUGAGCGCGCCGGACGUGUCGAGGGGCGCCCAGGGUCCAUUACCCAGCUUCCCAUUUUGACCAUGCCCAACGAUGAUAUCACCCAUCCCAUUCCUGAUCUUACGGGUUACAUUACUGAGGGUCAGAUCUAUCUCGAUCGUCAGCUCCACAAUCGUCAGAUCUUCCCUCCCAUCAACGUCCUCCCUUCCCUAUCACGAUUGAUGAAAUCCGCUAUCGGUGAGGGUAUGACAAGAAAAGACCAUGGUGACGUUUCCAAUCAGCUUUACGCUGGGUAUGCCAUUGGCAAGGACGUCAUUGCCAUGAAGUCAGUCGUCGGUGAGGAAGCGCUAUCUGCCGAAGAUUUGUUGUAUCUCGAAUUCCACGACAAGUUUGAGAAAAAGUUUGUAUCCCAGGGACCGUACGAGACCAGGGACAUCUUCACCUCCCUCGACCUGGCUUGGUCCCUGCUACGCACCUUCCCUCAGACCAUGCUCAAACGUAUUCCAGGCAAGGUUCUCAAGGAGUACUACCAUCGCCGCGGCGCAGAAACCGAAGAGGCUCCCGCUAGCACUGCUUAAGCGCCCGAGAUAUUAACGAAGACUUUUUGACUAAUGCUUUAAAUGACUAGUAGUUUCCGCCAAGCCUGGGUUGCAGAGCAGUGCGCUUCGAACCGCACCAUCAAUUGUGUGUUUUUUUUUAUCGACUAUGACACCCUGAUGAGACUGUCUUCCUUCUCACUCUUUUAUCCCCCAACAGCAUGAUAAAAGUGAUCAUUGAUGCGUU